AUGGGUAAAAUUAGACGAAACGAGAGGAAGUACCAAUUUGGUUGGCGAGUGGUUACCAGUCUUGGAGAACUGACUCCGCUGCUCUACGCAAACUCGCAUGCUGUAACAUUUACAGUUUUGACACUUUUAUGUGCCAUAGGAAAUGAGAUUGCGGCUCAGAAGUCCGGCACAAUGACUGGUCGUUUCUACAAGUGUUUACUAAAUAGGGAUAAGACAGCGUUUUGGAGUACUUUUGCCUUAGCAACGGGCAUAUAUGGCGGACAGUGUUUGUUGCUCGCUGGGGUUUCACUGUUUUCAUGGUGUCUUUAUUUGCAUUUUCGCAAAAAUCUUGUCAUAUCACUCCAUCGGUUUUACUUCGAUCACAACUUAUACUACACUCUGAACAGCAUAGACGAUAAGGGAAUUGAUAAUACAGAUCAGCGUAUAACGCAAGAUGUGGAAAAGCUAUGUAAAUUGCUGGCUACAAAAAUAACGCCAUCGUUAUUGAUAGCACCUUUUGUCAUAGGAUAUUACACUUAUAAAACCUGGCAAACCGCUGGUGGAUUUGGGGUAGGAAUAAUCUACGGAUAUUUCUUUAUUGGUACUGUGCUUAAUCGUGUCCUGAUCUCUCCAGUAACAAAAUGGGCUGCCAAAGUGGAAAAGGCUGAAGGAGAUUUCCGAUACAAGCACGUCUCCGUCCGCGAUAGAGCUGAAGAAAGUGCUUUCUAUCGCGCUGCGAAUUUUGAAAGAAAUGCAAGCAACGAAGUUUUUAUGUUUUUAUGGAACAGACAACUAAGAUUUGUGUUAUGGCAAUUUCCAGCUCAACUUUUGCAAAAUCUUUUCGACUAUUAUGGUGCUGUGCUAUCCUAUGCUAUUCAGAUCUUUCCAAUUUUCAUUUUCAAUAGCUAUGCUGAUCUCGACGACGCUUCACUAGGAGAGAAGAUUAGUAAUAACGCGUUCUUCUAUAUUUACUUAAUCCACAGCUUUACGCGACUAGCGGAUCUUGCUCUGAGUAUUGGAGAACUCGGGGGUUACAUAUUGAGGGUUUGUGAAAUUGUGCAGUACUCGCAGCAACACUCUCAAGAGAAACUAGGAUCCGAUGGUUCUGAUAAUGAAGGAUUUGUGGAGUCUGAUGAAAACAAUGCCGUUGACGCGCAAAAUGUCACAUUUAGCAUAAGAAAUUUAUAUUUCACCAAACCAUCCGAUAAAGAUGACAUCAUAGUCUCCGAUUUGAAUCUGGACAUUGCUAGCGAUAAAAAUCUAAUAGUCACAGGGCCUAGUGGUGCGGGAAAGUCAUCGCUACUGAGGGUCAUGGCUGGCUUAUGGCCUAUCAAAUCAGGAAAGAUUCGCCGUUUUUUACCUGCGAAUGCUUAUCUCUAUCUACCGCAAAGACCUUAUUUGCCAGUAGGACGUCUCUCACUUCGAAAACAAAUUUGCUUCCCUGGCAAUUCGAAAGAAGUACUGAGUGAACGAGAAGAUGAAGAAUCAAGAAAAAUUCUGCAAAUUCUUUCGGAGCUGCGUUUGAUGCAUUUACUUGAGACAUGCGGUGGACUGGACGCUGAGGUUGAUUUUGAAUGGCAAGAUACGCUUUCUCCAGGAGAACAACAACGGUUAUCUUUUGCAAGGUUGCUAUUUCGAUGUCCCAAAGUGGCAGUGCUAGAUGAAGCCACAAGCAGUGUGGAUGUCGAGGACGAGAAGACUAUCUAUAAUCUUCUCAAAAAGAACAAUAUUUCCUACAUAUCCGCCGGACAUCGUCGUACUCUUUUGCAGUACCAUGACGUUGAACUAAGUCUAGGAAGAGACCUUUGCCGAACGAAGCCUAUUUUGGGGCAAUUCGCUGACUCCUAA